AUGUUGGCCUCCCGCGCUGCGGGUCUCUCCCGUGGGUUGGGGACUGUGACGCAGGCUUGGCUGCGGGUCCCGCGCGGCUGCUCCCCGGCCCUGGUACGCGAAGCUGGCGCGCCUCCCACAGGGGACUGGCGGCCCUCAGCCCGGCCGGGGCCACGCGGGCGCCCGCUCAGCCUGUCGGCAGCGGCGGUAGUGGACUCGGCGCCCCGCCCUCUCCAGCCCUACUUGCGCCUUAUGCGGUUGGACAAGCCCAUUGGAACCUGGCUUCUAUAUCUGCCGUGUACCUGGAGCAUCAGCUUGGCAGCUGAACCAGGUUGUUUUCCAGACUGGUAUAUGUUAUCCCUCUUUGGUACUGGAGCUGUUCUCAUGCGUGGAGCAGGCUGUACUAUAAAUGACAUAUGGGACCGCGACUAUGAUAAAAAGGUUUCAAGGACAGCAAAUCGCCCAAUAGCUGCUGGAGACAUUUCAACUUUUCAGUCCUUUGUUUUUCUCGGCGGACAGCUAACCUUGGCCCUGGGUGUUCUUCUGUGUCUGAAUUACUACAGUAUAGCUCUGGGAGCAGCAUCCCUACUUCUUGUCAUUACCUACCCGCUAAUGAAAAGAAUUACAUACUGGCCUCAACUAGCCUUGGGGUUGACUUUUAAUUGGGGAGCAUUACUUGGAUGGUCUGCUAUCAAAGGCUCCUGUGAUCCGUCUGUUUGCCUGCCACUUUAUUUUUCUGGAAUUAUGUGGACGCUAAUAUAUGAUACUAUCUAUGCCCAUCAGGACAAAAAAGAUGAUGCACUCAUUGGUCUCAAGUCAACAGCGCUGAGGUUUAGUGAAAACACCAAGCAGUGGCUCAGUGGCUUCAGCCUGGCAAUGCUGGGGGCGCUGGGCCUGGUGGGAGUGAACUGUGACCAGACAGCGCCCUACUACGCUGCCCUGGCUGCCGUGGGAGCGCAUCUGACUCACCAGAUUUACACCCUAGAUAUCCACAGACCUGAGGAUUGUUGGGAUAAAUUUGUCUCCAACCGAACAAUAGGGCUGAUACUGUUUUUAGGGAUUGUCCUUGGAAAUCUGCGGAAAGAAAAGAAAACAGAAGAAACCAAGAAAAAAUAUAGCUGGAUACUCUCAUGAACAAGUUGAGAGAUAGAUGAUGAUAGACGGACAGACGGACGGACGAGUGGAUUGUCAGGCCAGUAGAUACACAUAUUCAUUUACUCCUCCUCAUCCACUGACAUUUUAAUCAGGAAGUGGGAAAAACUCCCUAGCAUGCCUUCCCUUCUCAGUAUUGAGCCAGAAUCAUAAGAGCAUAGCAGGGUGCAUAGCCCAUCAUGAGUAGGCAGUAAUUAUUUGUUGGAUGAAAAAAUGUAACAUUUACAGCUAGAGACAACCUAGUCCAGUGAAUUUCCCUGGCUUUUGUUAGAUAGGCAACAAAAAUACUUUUUUUCAAAUAAAAUCUUACAUAAAGUCCCAAUAUGUAAAUACAGAUGACAGCAGAGAUGCUUUCCUAUAACCUGCAUGAGGAUGCCUGGACCCUCUCUUCUGAGGGAGGGCCCCCCUUUCUUUUCUAGGGAGCCUCUGCUGAGCUCUAGGGAGCCUUUGUUGUCGUCGAGUCAAUUCCAACUCCUGGUAAUCCCACGUAUAACAGAAUGAAAUGUUCCCUGGCCCUGUACCGUCUUCAUGAUUAUUGGUAUGUUUGAGUCCAUUGUUGGAGCCAUUGUGUCAGUCCAUGUCAUUGAGGAUUUUCCUUGCCUUCACUGGCUCUCCAUUCUACCAAAUAUGAUGUCCUUCUCCAGCCAUCAGUCUCAGACAAUAUUCUGUGAAGUCUCAGACAAUAUUCUGUGAUCCACAGGGUUUUCAUUGGCGAUUUUUAGAAAUAGAUUACAAGGUCUUUCUUACUAGUCUGUCUUAGUCUGGGAGCUCCACUGACAUCUGUCCACCAUGGGUGAUUCUGUUGCUAUGUGAAACACUGGGGGUGUAGCUUCCAGUAUCAUAGCAACAUGCAAGCCACCACAGUAAACAAAUUGACAAAUGGGUGGUGGCUGGGAGCCUUAGGAGUGACAAAGAACCCAAUUUGAAAACCAGUUCAUCUAUCUAUACCCCUGAUUUUACAGAUAAGAGAACUAAAGUCCAGGGAAAUAAUUUACUCAUAAUCAGAACAAGUUAACAACCAGGUGGGAACUGAGAUAAGGAUGAAUGAACCUUUGUGUCUAUACAGUUAAUAACUGUAUGACUUAGGGAAGACUAUUUAAACUUCUCCAGCUUCAGUUUUAUGGUAUCUAACAUGGGGACUAAAAUAAUAUUUACUUCAUGGUGGUGCUAUAAGAAUUGCAUGAGACAAUGGUCUCAUCCAGUCUUGUGACUUUACAAGUUAUCUGUACAUUGAUAACUCCCAAAUGCCUCUGAACUUCGCAGAGUUGAAUAGUGAACUACCUAUUUGAUACUUCUACCUGAAUGCCAAGUAGGCACCUCCAACUUCAGUGUUCAAAACUGAACUCCUGCUCUUCGCCCUCAGACUUCGUCUUUCCAUCCUCCUUUCCAACUCAGUAAUGUAACUCCCUUCACUCUUCCAGUUCUCUGGCUAAAACCUUGGAGUCAUCCAUGACUCCUCUCUUUUUCUCACAUUCCAUGUCAAAGACAUUAGGAAAGCCUCCUGCAUACACCUUCAAAAUAUGUCCAGAAUCCAGUCUUUUCUUAACACCUCCACUUGCACUACUCUC